AUGGACACCAAGACGGAGAAGCUCAACCUGAAGCGGGAAGUAGGGCUAAUGGGAGCCGUGUCCCUCAUCGGAGGGACAAUGAUUGGAUCUGGGAUCUUCAUGACCCCGCAGACAGUGCUUGCUUCCAUCGGCAGCCCUGGGGCCAGCUUGGUGGUGUGGGGAUGCUGUGGUUUCCUGGUGAUCCUGGUGUCUUUCUGCUACGCUGAGCUGGGCACUGUUAUAAGAGAAUCAGGCGGAGAGUACAUAUACAUUCUCAAGACUUCAGGUCCAGUCGUCGCCUUCAUGUUAAUCUUUACCUCUGUGUUAUUUGUGAGACCUGCCGGUGUUGCUGGCAUCGCGCUGGGUUUUGCUCAGUAUGCCGCAGCUCCUUUCUACUCAGACUGUCACCCUCCAGUGCUGGUGGUGAAGUGUGUGGCUGCAGCUGCAAUUAUAGUGCUGGCCAUUGUGAACUGCCUUAAUGUUCGACUUUCAAUGUCAGUCCAGGUGUUUUUUAUGGUGACCAAAGUUCUGGUCCUGGUAGUCAUAAUCAUAGGAGGUGUGGUGAUGCUUAUCAGGGGACACAAUGAAAACUUUGAAGACUCCUUUGAGAACACAAAUGUGGGCAUCAACCCAAUUGGUAUUGCUUUCUACCAGGGACUGUGGUCCUAUGAUGGCUGGAACAAUCUGAAUUAUGUCACGGAAGAGUUGAAACGCCCAGAGAUGAAGAGAGUGGUCAGUGUGGACAGUUGGAGAGAUACCCAGACGCCGCUCAGUUGGGAGAUGUAA